AUGGAUUGGACAGCAAAUGAUAAGAUUGCACAGUACUAUCACUACACUUGUCUGAGUGAGAGAAAUCUUGAACUCGCGCGGUUGAAAACCGUAUACGAAAAGGCUUGCCAUGCGGAACAUUUUGCUAACGUAGAAAAAGAACUGAUCACCCUGAAUGAGGCACUUAAAAGAAAGCUAAUAAUUAACGAAUCUAACAUCCGCAAUGUCAUACAGCAGGAUUGGUUUUUGGAAAUACCUAGCGAAUGUAUGCAGAAAAUACAUUCCAACUUUGAUGAAAUGAACAUUGCCAAACGAAAAUCAUUGGAUCUAUUGAUGCUGAAGGUGAACUCACUACGGGAACAGUACCGUAAACUACUGAUGAAAAUAUUUUCUUGUAGAAUUCAGAUUGACACACACGAUCCAAGAGCAACGGAAGAAAAGAUUAAGUACAGAUUAACGGCAUUGCAGUUGAAUCGCUGUGAGGCAUCGAUAAGAAAUGCUCGUAACGUUCAAAAUUACUAUCGUCGUAUUGGAAAUUUCAUGUUGAAGGACAACCUUUACAAUGAUCGCUCAUUAGCAGCGUUAAAGCAAGCUAUCAAAGAACAGAAGACACUCAUACGCAAAACUACUGUAAUUGGACGUUCGGUUAUUGAAAAAGUGGUUUCACUGAAUAAAGAUCUGAAGAAAUCUACGAUAGGUUUCAAUAUUGAUCGUGCACGCAAUAUGAAAUCGUUAAUGUACCACAAAACCAUAUUGACGAGAGAGCGAACAGCGAUAACAAGUGCCAGCAUGGGUGAGAUUGAUCCUAAACGUUGGCCAUCACGUUACGAUUCAAUUACUCCCAGUAUGAUAGCGUUGCAAAAGGAAAAAGAAAGCUUACACAGUACGAUAGAAAAAUUCAAACACACAUCUCUAACUGUAUGGGAAUCUAAAAUUCUUAAAGAGAUGGAUGCUAAGACUCAGAAGAUGAUACAACUGGAGAAAGAUAUUUAUGAGAACGAAAGAAUCUACAAAGAGUUGGACGGAACGAAUGAAAACACGAAACACUAUGUUCAGGGCGGUUGUACAUUGGAUUCACCCAGCUUGCUCUGCCAUCAGGACAAUGUGGUCAUGUGCCUCGAGAAGGAGAAAGCGAUUCAAACCACAUUGAAAGCUUCGUUGGCACGCCUUAAAUCGUUCCACAUGCGUUUGGAUCAAUUCUUUGCCUACAUUUCGAAAAUUCUAGAACAAAACACUAUCGAACCCUUCACUUCUGGCGAACACGACAUAGCUGAACAGCACAUAACAAUGUCAGCGUUGUUACGUUUGUUCCGGUCUGAGCAAAUCAUGAAGUGA